GUUGAAUGACGCUCCGGUAAGAGGCUUUGAAGAAGAUGUUGGGAACAAGACCACCAUGAGGUUCUUCUACCCUGAGUCCGCCUCCUAUAACCCCGCGCUGCAGAACGAGCCGGACACACUCAUGGUCCUGGUGCCUUUCAAGCAGCAAGACCUCCGCUGGCUUAAAGAGAUCGUCUACAAUGAGAAGAGGGUCAGGAAAGGCUUCUGGAAACCUCCGCCACAAAUCUGGUUGGGUGAUGUAAGUAAAAUCCGAGUGCUGGAUCCCCAUUUUCUGCACCAGACGGCAGAUAAACUUCUCAGGCUUUUUCCCCAAAAGGGAAAACAGAUUCCCGUACACCCUACGACGGGCAUCCUUGCUGUUUUUGUUGCGCUCAACUACUGUGAUGUGGUUCACAUCGCCGGAUUUGGAUAUCCCAGUUCAAAGAAUCAGCGACAACCCAUCCACUACUAUGGAUACGACACAAUGAGAUCCAUGAAGAAUUCCUACCAUGACCUCGGUCAUGAAGCCGAAGCCUUAAAACGACUGGAGGAUUCAGGAGCCAUUGUUUACUUGCACCCACAUUUAUGAUGCAAACUCCUUUCCCAGUAAAGUGUAUCACAAAAAUGGGUCUUCUGAUCUUAAUUUGACCAAGUGCCUUUUUGCAUUGGGAUUCAGAACUUUGCACACUAAAUCUUUCAGUGGUAACUUGGCUGUAAAACAUUUCACUUUGGCUCUGUAGCUCAGCAUUUUACAUAUUUCUUAUCUUCCAAAUUCUAUACAUUUUAGCCUUACAUGACAAUCUGUACCUCUGAAAACUUACUUAUGUGAGUGAGCCUUGUCAAAGUACCUCAUAAUUAGCUGCAUUGUUUCCCAGUGCUUGCAGGGGCAUGGAUUAGUUGAAGCUGUGUUGUUGGAAGCAACCUUUGCACACCUCAUCUGAGGAUUUGAAUAUCCAUGGGUUUGAUGUGAAAUAGUUACUGCAGAGUUACAGUCUCAGUGAGGUUUGCAACGUUCAAGUCUGUUUCCUUCUUCUCAAAAACAAAAUUUCAGUGUAGGUGUGUGCUUGGGGCCUAUUGAGAUUUGCACUCAGCAAUUAAUUGCUUUUUGUUUAACUGUUCACAAAUUAACAAAGUUGGGUUCACUUUUUCGCUUCUUGGGGGGAGGAGGAACGCAGGCUUCUUUUCGCUCAUUCGUAAACAUUUUUGAUUUAAUUUAUUUAAGCAGUUUAUUCCUAGGAAAAAAUUGGUACCACUGGAUAUUUUUGUAUGUACAAAACAAAUUGCAUUUCUAAUUAAAAAAGGUGAUCAAAAUGAA